AUGAUUUUGUUCACUUAUAUGCUCUCUAUUGUCAACUUCAUUCACUUUGAUCUGGUCACUGAUAUUUUCGGCAAGUUCUUUCCGGCUAGGUUUACUUUUCUGCGUAUCAUCUACAAGUGGUAUGUGGAUUGGAUUGACUUUGAACAACCAGCCCCAAGUUUACUGAAUGCUAUGGUCUCUAUGUCUGUAAUAUCUACGUUCUUGUCACCAGUUACAGUUGACUAUGAACCCUAUAGUGAGAAGGCUCUGCUUCAAGUUGGUUUAGCUGGUUUGCUUUUGCUCAAACCAUUGUAUUUGAAAUGUCAAAUUGAUUAG